UCUCAUUAAAACAUCAGUUGUACCAGGCUGAAAGAGAAUACUUUUCCUUUAACUAGCUCGCGGUUCAAUAUGGCAGAGAAUCAAAAUGUAAGUGCUUUUCCUCUGCCUCCUAGCAAAUAUGUCAACCUGUACACAGAUGAAAACGUCAAGAGAGGCCGGGCACCACUCCCACCUCCCCCAAUUCAAGACACGUAUACCAUGUUUGGAGCACAGUUCAAUGCAGAGGAUGCCAUUAUUAGACCUUUGGAAUCUCAGGGGUUUCGACGGCUUCAUCCUCAGAAUUACGAUCACAAAAGAGAGCUUAAGAAGCUAAAUCAAUCCAUUCUGGUGAAUUUUCUGGAUUUGAUUGACAUUCUUAUAAAAGCCCCAGACUCAGCAAAACGUACAGAAAAGCUAGAGGACCUGAAUCUAUUGUUUAUCCACAUGCAUCACCUAAUUAAUGAGUUUCGACCUCAUCAGGCCCGAGAAACACUUCGCGUCAUGAUGGAGAGGCAGAAAAAAGAAAGAGCACAAAUAUCAAAGAACUUUGAGACUCAUUUAAACAAAGUAAAAGAAUUGAUACAGACUAGUUUACAAAGUUUGCCAGAGGAUUUUAGCUUUGAUUCCAAAAGCUUAGUGAAAACAGAACUAUUGCAAGCCUCCCAGCAUCACAAUGGUUAUGAUGCAGAGACUGAACCAUGUGACCAGUUGGACAGAAUGAUGUGUGACAUUGUAGAUGGGAUGGGAUGAAGGGUUUAUAAAUUCAAAUUAAUGACAGGAUUGAUAAAUUACAUUUGUAAUGAAUAGCUGUUAAUGGGUUUUGUCAAUUCCAGUGUUGACACAGUUUUUGUAUUUCCUUUACCCUGGUCAUCAAUCAUGUUGUUAACAUGUCCAUGUAUUAUUGUAGUGUAAAUGAAUCAGAAUUUGUAAAAAAAAAAAAAAAAAAAAAAAAAAAAAUUAAAAAAAAUUAAUAAUAUUAAUAAUAAUAAUAAAAUAAAAUAAAUAAAUGAAAUUAACAAAUUUUGAAACAAAAGACCUGCAGUUUUUUGUGCACCCAGAUGCUGCAAAAUUGAUAAAACUUAACUUCAGAGGAUAUACCUUGUAAGCAAUUUGUGAGUUGAUUAAACUAAUGUGUAUGUCCUACCCUGUGACAUCAGUCCCUCCAACAAGGUUAAUGGGGUUUUUUUAUGAAACAUCUAGCAGUUGCUCUCUGAAAAAUUUGGGAUCACUUCCAGACCAGUGACCUACAGAUCUGCAGAUAUAAAUGUAAAGGUACUUGGACAAUCAUCUAAUUCUGGAGGGAAGAUUGCAGUCUUUAUUUUACCAGUACAUGUAUCCAAAUAAUAAACAUUUUCACUAUACAUAAA